GAAGUAAUGUGGUAGACGAAACCAGCAGAAACCAACAAACUUGAGCUCUGAACUGAUCAUGAACAACCGCAAAGUCGUCGUCUGCGACAACGGCACCGGAUACGUGAAAUGUGGGUUCGCCGGAGAGAACUUCCCGACAUCGGUGUUCCCGUGCGUGGUGGGAAGGCCAUUGCUUCGCUAUGAGGAAUCACUCAUGGAACAAGAAAUAAAGGAUAUUAUUGUUGGUGAAGCUUGCGCGGAGUUUCGACACCAAUUGGAGAUAAACUAUCCGGUUAACAAUGGCAUUGUGCAGAACUGGGAUGAUAUGGGACAUGUCUGGGACCAUGCAUUCUACAGUGAGCUCAAAAUAGAUCCUCCUGAAUGUCAUAUACUACUCACAGACCCUCCUCUCAAUCCCUCAAAGAACCGCGAAAAGAUGAUCGAGACCAUGUUUGAGAAGUACAAUUUUGCUGGCGUCUUCAUUCAAAUUCAAGCUGUUCUGACCCUGUAUGCUCAAGGUUUGCUGACAGGAUUGGUUAUUGACUCUGGUGAUGGAGUUACUCAUGUGGUUCCAGUUGUUGAUGGCUACUCAUUUCCUCAUCUUACAAAGCGAAUGAAUGUAGCUGGCCGGCACAUAACAUCGUAUCUUGUUGAUUUGCUCUCACGGAGGGGGUAUGCAAUGAAUAGGACGGCGGACUUUGAGAGUGUUAGAGAAAUCAAAGAGAAGCUCUGCUAUAUCAGUUAUGAUUACAAAAGGGAGUAUCAAUUGGGACUGGAGACAACCAUACUUGUAAAUAAUUACACUCUGCCUGAUGGAAGGGUGAUCAAAGUCGGCACUGAAAGGUUCCAGGCUCCUGAGGCUCUUUUCACGCCUGAACUUAUAGAUGUUGAAGGUGAUGGGAUGGCUGACAUGGUAUUCCGCUGCAUUCAGGAAAUGGAUAUCGACAAUAGGAUGAUGCUUUACCAGCAUAUAGUUUUAAGUGGAGGCAGCACGAUGUAUCCUGGAUUACCCAGUCGUUUGGAGAAAGAAAUUCUGGAUCGUUACCUAGACGUUGUUUUGAAGGGUAACAAAGAUGGAUUGAAGAAGUUACGAUUACGAAUCGAAGAUCCUCCGCGAAGAAAGCACAUGGUGUAUCUAGGUGGUGCAGUCCUUGCUGGAAUUAUGAAGGAUGCUCCCGAGUUUUGGAUUACAAGGGAGGAUUAUCUAGAAGAAGGAGUUGCUUGUCUUAGCAAGUGUGGUCCAGCAUGACUUUUCAAGGUCAGUUUGCCACCCACUGAGUUGUUUUCAGUAGUUGGACUAUUGACAAGCAAAACAAUGAGAGAGCAGGACAUUAUCAUGUCAAAUGGUGCUCUCAGUAGUACCACAUGGCUGGAAAUAGAGCAUAAGAAUGUAGAAACUAAUGGUGUUUGUGUGAUAAGAAUCAGCAAAAGCAUUAGGAGUUGUAUCUUGAUGGCUGGAAUAUAGAACAAACAAAAAAUGUAGAAAUUAUUCUGUAUUUUAUAAUUUUUGUUUCUGGUUUGCCACUCUGUCAUCCAAGCUUUUUCUAUCCAACAACUUGCGUGC